GUUUUUUUUUUUUUUUUUUUUUAACUUCUCAAGGUUUUUCCAAAGGAGCUAUUGCCAGUCAAGGACGAAUACUGGUUGAGGUGGAAAAUAAAUCAGUGAAUGAAGGUGAGGUGUCCUUUAAGCUCAACGUGUCUCCAGACUUGGCUCCAGAAGUCCAGAUUAUGGUUUACGCUGUCCUACCCAGCAAGAAGGUGAUCAGUCAAAGUACUGACUUCUCCACUGAGAAAUGCUUUAACCAUAAGGUCUCUCUGGAGUUUUCUUCAUCAUCAGCUGUUCCAGGAGAGGAGACCAACCUGCAGCUGACGGCUCAGCCUGACUCUCUAUGCGGUGUCAGUGCCAUCGAUCAGAGUGUCCUCAUCAAGGAGCCUGGAAAGACUCUGGAUGCAGAGAAGAUAUUUAAUUUGCUGCCUGUCAGAAAAGUAUCAGAAAUACCAUCUGAGGUUGUGGAACCUAUGGAUUGUUUACUAGAUAUGAAGACAUUGGGACUGAAGAUGGCAACAAACAUGUUUACCGGAUUGUUACAAUGUUCUAAAAUUGUGGCUUCUGAGUUAACUGUGUAUCAUGACUAUGCUGAUGAGUUAGAUAUGGGACAUUUUGGAUUUCACAAAAGCAGGGUCGUAGUAAAAAACCUACAAGUUGCAGACUUUGAAGGUGAAGCAGAAGAGAUCUUAGAACCCAUAAAGACAGUUCGCACCUUUUUUCCUGAAUCUUGGAUAUGGGACUUGGUGGAAACUGGGUAAGCCAGAGGGAUCAUUAG